GUGUUUUGCCUCCUAAAGAUAGAUGCUGUGGGCAGGACUGUAAACGUGUCUGUCUGUUGUGUUUAGUGUGCGAAUCCUGACUUGGAACCGUGGGUUGUGUUUUGGCCGCGGAGUGUGGUACUGCCGCACGCAGGCUUCCCCUACACAACCUGGCUGUCACAGCGUCACCGCUCACUCAGAGACUCAGAUGUAGUGUCCACUGCUGAAGAUGUCCCCAGAGAGUCAGAAGGGGGUUCUCUGGUGGCUGAGGGUCCUGCUGUUACAACUUAGUCUGCUGGCCCCAGUGUCCAGCUGUCCAGGAAAAUGCCACUGUAUGCAGGACUACUAUGUCUACUGCGAUGCCAAAAACAUCACCCAUGCUCACCUGUAUGAUCUCAUUCGCUCCAUGCCAAAGGAGGCGCGGUACCUGGAUCUGAGUCAUAACCACCUGGACAUAGUGCCUGGUCUUAUCUUCCAGCGAUUACCCAGUCUAGUUCAGCUCAACCUCGCCCACAAUGUCAUCGCUAACCUCAGCAUCGGCUCCUUCGAAGGACUCGACAAUUUGCAUCGCUUGGACUUACAGGCCAAUCAGAUAGGCAGGGUGUCGCGCAAUACCCUAGCCAGCCUGGGCAACCUUGAGGAACUGCAUCUGGAGAGUAACGGUAUUCGCACCAUUUCAGAAAGUGCGCUGUCUAACCUGGUGAAUCUGAAAACACUGUACCUUCAGAAUAACAGCCUGCGGGAGCUGUGCCAUGGAGCGUUCACACAGCUCAAGGCCAUUGAGGUGCUAGAUUUGUCAGGUAACAGCAUAUCUUGUCUGGGAGAGUUGACGUUCUCCGGGCUGACUAGGCUGCGUCAGUUAAAACUCGGGCAUAAUAGCAUUGGUCGUGUUGCACCAAUGACCUUCUCAGGGCUUGUCUCCCUACAAGUUGUGGAGUUGGAUGCUAACAACAUUGAACACAUCACUGCUCAGUCUUUUGACAAAUCCAAAGAACUUCUGGAAUUGUCACUGAAAAAUAACAAAAUCAUAUCUUUAUCUCAAGAAAACUUUGCCGGCAUGGGUCGGUUGAGGAAGCUGUACCUGGACUCCAACCAGAUAGGGCUGAUUGGGUCGGGCACAUUUUCUGACUUACUAGAACUGAGGAAUCUCUCGUUAUCAGGGAACAAACUGUCCCAGCUGAAGAGGUCCACAUUUGCUGGGGCCUAUCAGCUGUCACAACUUCAUCUUCAGAACAAUGAGAUCUCUGGCAUAUCCACGGGGUCAUUUGAUCCAUUCCGGGAAGCUCUCUAUGUUCUCAGUUUAACUGGGAAUUUGCUGAGAAGCAUUAAGCUUGGAAUGUUCAGACGGAUGAGGUAUCUGCAAUAUCUAAACUUAGCUCAAAAUUCCAUUGCCAGCAUUGACCAAAAGUCAUUAGACGAACUUCCAAGUCUAUUAGAACUUGACCUCUCACAAAACAAUCUAACUUCAUUUGACGUUGGAAUCAUAAAAAGACUUUCUUCAUUAGAGCAGCUCCGUCUUCAUGGGAACCCGUUAAGUGAAUUAAGGGGUCUCAAAUUUGACAAGUUUGCUAGUUUAGAGUAUGUGACCCUGAACCUGACGGUGUCAAAUAUCACAGAAACGAGUGCAGCAGUGUCCUGGCCGUACACUGAAGGUGACCAGAUCUACUGGUCACUUAGUGUCCAGUGUCUGCAAGAACCUCUCUCAGGCUGUCCGUACAGUCAGCAGCCAGAGUACCUUGCGCCAUAUAAAACUGAGGUGAACAUUGAAAACUUAAGUCCGUCCUCAUCUUACUAUGUGUGUGUCAUUCCUUCAUUUGUGUUUUCUCGUGCGGAUGUACAGCAGUGUUCAGAAGUAAGGACUAAAGCAUCCUACAGUGCCACGAAGAAGAGCGGUAGUGCCCUACCCUCCUCGUCUGCCUCUCAGUGCUCACCCCUCAUCUCCCAUACCUUAUCCCUCUGGACACUGUUCUGUGUGAGCUACCACUGGAGGGAUUACCUCCCCUGAUGUAGCUUCAUCUACAUCUAUCAUUUAAUGUUAUAAGCCUGUUGUGAUACACACAUAUUAUAUCAGAAAUCAUGCAGUGAUCUUUCAUAGUUUUAUGCCGAGUUAAAGCAUAUAUAUCUUGUACAUACAUGUGUAUGUAAAUGUUUAAUUUCCUACAUAUAUGUUUACUUGCAUAUACCUGUACAUUGCUUCGCUGUUAUUUGAGUAUUGUUAUUCAUUAUUGGAUGUAAAAUUCUGCACAUCACAGUGAUGUGCACAACUAAAAUAGGCAGAAAAGAAGACUGUGUAUUACACUGUUGCAAAUCUUUUCAGGGAGUGAAAUCCCACUGUCUUUGGAGAUGAUUUAACUAAUGUUUUUCCCUGAGGGCAAUGUGUUACACAUCACACAGAACUGUAGAACGAUUCAUUUGCUUAAAGUGGAUAAACUGUAUGAAUGGGCCAGGUUUGACAGUCAGCUGUGCUGGACGUGUUCAAAGGGAGGCAACUCUCAUAGUUUUCUUCCUGGGUCUUGCAGAGUUUAUAUAUUCAGCUUUUUGUUGUCACUGAGAAAUGGGUGUUGUCUCCAGUCUACAGUAACACUUAGGGCUGAUGUCUGUUGGUCAAUACGUGUAUGUGGGAUAUGAGUAUUGAAGCUUUACUAAAUGAUCUGAUGGAAUCUCACAAGGUACAAGAAGGAAAGCAAAUGUCUGAUUUUGCUGAUUUUCAGAACAGGCCUGUUAUUAUGAUUUAAUUUUCUUAUUAUGAUUUCAAUUUUUUUUAAAUACUGGUACAGUUGACAUAAUGAUGUGUAUCAAGUAAAACUGAACAUGUUUGUUAACUGUGGCAUUCAACUAUGCAUGGCAGUGAUUAUCAUGGGUUAGACACUCUGAAUCACAUGUAGGCUUUGCCCACAAGAAAACACCUUCACAUUUCUACAGUUUAACUUGUUAUCCCUUUGAGCUUCCUGAUGUCUUCCGAUAUUUCUCCAUUUAUAAGGCAAAGCUAACAAUGUGUGCUUGCCACCUAAAACUGUGUAGGAUCAUUUCAGGUUGGCAAAAAUUAUUUCUGGAAAGCAAGAUUAUUUCAUCAAAAUCAAACAUUUGUAUGUAGUGUAGUGAAUGGCAUUCUUCUUAUUUUCCAUACAUAUAAAUAUGGUGCAUUAGGUUUAACCAGUAUUAAGUUUGUGAGGGUCAGUUGCAGGCACGGCUUAAAAUCUGUCGCAGUAACCAUCAUCUAGGGCUGAUAAGUACAAUGAAACAAUAUUGUCAACAGACUACUAGUGCAUCCCCCACCCUGAAAUAUGGCUGCCAUCCCAUAAGUCAGACAUUCUUGGGCAUUGUUCAGUGCAUUAGCACCAAUCAGGCAGUCAGUGAAGAUUGACGGUAUGAUCGCACUUACAGAUUGGGUAGAGAGCAGUGGUGCACAGGUAUGUAGAAAGGUUGUUAUAAGGGAGGUAACUGUGAACACUAAUGAAGCGGUAUGAUCUCUCUGUGUGACGUCUAUGCAUUAAAACAUACCAUUACCACUGUGCUGCUUGUCCUAAGUUAACUUCUUCAUGGAUGGGUUUAGCAUGCUCUGUGUCUUUCCUGAAUAAUAAAUUAAUAACCUGAAACAUUCAUUAAUAAUUAAACACAUAAAUGCAUGUUUAUUGUGCAUGGUUUCAUUGAUGAAAAUCCGCACUGUAAAUAAAUUGAAUUUUAUUGCCUCGUGAUAUAGUCAUUGAAUAUCAGUGAUAAAUGUCACAGUUGUUGAGGGUUUACACAUACUGGUCUUAAUAUGCUUGUUGAAAAAUGUAAUGUAAAAAGCUAUGGUUGUGAAUGAUUGAUGUAAAUUAGACUUUAUGCAAAAUGAUGUGAUCAUUUUUGUUACCAUAAUUUUAUGAAAUGUAAAACAGAUUCUCAAACAAUUGCUUUGUUCAGUGUUUAUUGAAGCAGUUGUGUGAAGUUUAUUUUUCUAUCAACCUGAUUGUUUGAAGUGAA